GAAAGAGAAACAGUUACUCUGUCCAUUUGUGCAAUGAUAUUUAAUUUGACUUGAGGAUAAAGUAGGUUAAUUCCUAGAGAAAGAAAGUCUCAAGAUUCAUGAGGAUUCAGCCAUGAGAGGAUUUAGAUGAAUCUGGCAUAUUUGCUCAUUAGCAUAGGGACCUGCGUUCUGACUGGAAUGGCCCAUUUAGACUCCAUUUUUUGAAGCCAUAAUGGAUGUUUGGACAUACUUGACCACUGACUCUCCUUGUUUCUUGUCCCAAUGUCCUACUUGACCCUUAAAACCAUUGAAUAGAAAAAUAGAUUGUGGAUAAUACUCAAGGAGGAUUUCUUAGGACUUUGUAAUUCUUAAGUUAGUAAUUCUAGACAUAUUCCUGGUCCUAUCCUGUUAGCAUAAAUUUCCAUGUUAAAACCAAUAUUCCUGGCCUAGAAUAUGAAUUAAAACCUAUUUCAGAAAGAAAUUGUCAAAGAAUUCCAAAUUGAAUCAAGUCAGAAUUUCGAUGAUUUGUUGCAGUGCAGUAUUUAUCUACAUGUAUACCAACAAAAAUUUUAAGAGUUGAUAAGAAUGAAAAUAAUUUAAUUUAGAUUUGUAUCUUUGCAGGAGAGCAUAUUUUGGUCUAUCAUCUGAGCAAACCACUACAACAGGAAAAAUAUUUACUGCAAGAAUGUCAACAGACCAGAAUGCAUCACCAUCCAAGAGUGUAUUUCUCAAACAAGAGACCAUUCACAAAGAAAAGUGGUUGUCAUUAGAGAGAGUAACAUACAUGGAUCCUAGAGGAAGAGAGAGAACCUGGGAAGUGGCUGAAAGAACAACUAAACCAAAGAAAGAAGGAGCCAGUGACUGUGUUGCUAUGAUAGCCAUUCUCAAUAGAUUGCUCCACUAUGAUUGUAUAGUACUCGUCAAACAAUUUCGGCCACCUAUUAAAUGCUAUACUAUUGAAUUUCCUGCUGGAUUAGUUGAGCCAAAUGAAAGCUUAGAGGAAACAGCACUUAGAGAAUUGAAAGAAGAGACGGGAUAUACAGGAACAGUGUUAUCAGUAUCUCCAGGCACAGUUUUAGACCCAGGCAUAUCAUCAUCUAUGUGUAGCUAUGUUCAUGUUCAAAUUGAUGGCAAUGACAAUGCUAAUGACUGUGCAGUAGCUCAUCCAGGAAAUGAUGAAUUUGUUGAAGUUCUUCUUAUACCAGUCAAUGAACUGCUUCAUAGAUUACAAGAAAUGGCGAAGGAGAAGGAUGUUAUUGUGGAUGCUCAGGUUUACAUGUAUGCUUCAACCCUAACACACCCACAUCUAGGGAUGGUACCUACCACUAUCAUCAACAGUGAUUAGAUCUGGAUGUCCGCCAUCUUGAAGAAAAAAAACCUUCUUAUAGCCAAUCUUUAGUUAUGGUAGUUUUGGUAAGUCCCCCCAAAAUGAAUGCCACUAUUCCACUUCAUUACUAGAUCAUAUUGUGCCUCAAAAUGGUUAUGAUUUGAACUAAAAUUGUGUUUUAUUGAAUAAAUCUACUGAUUUUACAUCAAAAUUUAAUUUGAUUGAGUGCCCUAUCAAAAUUAAACAUCUUUUUAUUUAUGUCUUUUUUAAAUACAACCCCUCCUGAAGAAUGAAAUGGGUUGAAAUAUCAGGAUAUGAUCUUUAUCAGUAACUUUCUAAUAUCCGAUUACUAACUCUGUGAUGUUGAUUUUCAAAGUGCUGUUUUCAAUAAAAAUAAAAACAUAGCUGAGAGAGGGCACUAGAUUCUACAUUCAAACCCCAAUGGACAAAAAAAUUAGAAUUUAAUGGGCGUUAACACAUUAAUGACUGCUACACUUUGGUAAUAUUAGAAUGUUAAAUGAUACUGGAGUCUAAUUCAUAUUACUGACCUUUUACCAAGUUAAAGACUGGCUUUAAAUUGUAAUUCAAAUGGAAAGUAGACGAUUCAUUAAUUGUUUGUAUGUCUGGAAGUAUGUAAUGUGCUGAAUGACUUUAAAUAACCCUUCAGGAUCCUACCAUCAUCAAUAAUAAAAAGGUUUUGCUAUCUUGAAGUACAUGCCUUGGAUCUGGGAUUAAAGUCAGCAGUCUGCAUUCAGGAUAAAAUAUAAGACUUAAAUUUGCAUGUCACCUAAAAUCAUUGCUUGAUAAACCUGUACUUGAAGAUACUUGUCUCAAUCAGCAACAGCAAUCAAAUAUGUUGGCAAUCACUCAGCAUAGUUAAGAGGACUUGUCCGUUAUUUCAGGAGAUAUAUUUUUGAUACUAUAAUACAGACGGACUGAUGAGGAAAUUUGCCUGAAAUUAGACACUAUUUACUCCACCCAACGCUAGAAUCAAUGGUUGCCAUAGUAACAUGCACACAACACCGUCAUCUAGACAUUUUGAUAGAUUCUUUAAGCAAAUUGCCCGUUCCAUUCUGCAUCCAUGUUGUUUUACUGUCUGUGUUUCAUAUUUGACACAAAUUAAUUUCUUUUUGAAAAUGUGCAACUCACUGCCUAUAUACUACUUAACAAUAUUUGCAAUCCCUCACCUCACUCUCUCUUACUCAAUUUGAUUUAAAAAAAAUCACAUCCUUUUAUUAGCAGCUGAUCACGUGAGCCGUACAAAAAUGUGUAUUGCGGUAGGUUGUAAUGUAAUCUACAAGGUUGUGUGGAUAAUGUUUCCAAAAUGAUAAGACUUAAUUAUGCUAAUUCAGGCGUAAAGUAAAAAUUUGCUCUAAUUACCUCAAUACAGCCCCAAGACUGCUAAUUUUCUUUUCAAAGACACUACGCAGGAUUCUCAUCAAAUGUACUUUAGAAGAUAUCGCAAAAGUAUUUCCUUGUUUUUUCUUAUGUUUUGUUUUUUAUUGUUUUUUUCGAUGCUGACACUAUUUUAGUUAUGAUAUUGCUUUUACUCAAAAAAGUGAAUAAUAAUGAUACAUUUAUGAAUUCUGGCUACAUACAGAAUUUGUAUUGGAUUUGUACAUGAAAUCACGUUUUUGAGCAAUUUUGGGUCAGAAAUCUAUUUACCUGAUCUUGUGGAAUUUGGGAACCACGUGAGUUGCGCUUUCAAAAAAAAUUUUUGCUAUAGAUUUAUUGCAAAUUUUUUUUCUGUAAACAAUGUUCAUUGUAGAUGGUGUAAAUCCUCCCUUUUGACCUUAGAACAAAUGAAAGAACAAAAGAAGCACAAGUGGGCCCCGUCUUUAAUACAAAGAAUUACAAUUGAUUUGAUGAAUCUCAACUGUAUGGAAAUCCAUCUAUGUCAUAAUUUUUUCUGCAGGAAAUUUACACAAUGUCACUGUAAACAAAGAGAAGCACAUUGAAUUUUCAAUAAAAUGAUGGAUGUAUAAAUAUACAUCAUAUCUAGAAAGUAUUUUGAACAAUAAUUCAUUUUAGAUGUUGAUGUUGCUGGCUUUCCAUAGUUGUGGUUGAUCGGAUCAAUCGUAUCUCUUUGUUAGACGGGACCCUGAUCUUUUUAAAUUCACCUAUCACUAUAAUGGUUUUCAAGUUGUUACAUGUAUUUGUAGAUUGCAUCCCCCAAAAAAUAAUAAAAUAAAAUAAAUGAAUAAAUAAAACUAAUAAUCAUCAAUGUUUUAUCAUAAUUUAAUCACAAGUUUUAUCAUAAUUUAAUCACAAGUUUAAUUAGCAAGUUUAGUAUCACAAGAAAACUUAUUAAAAUCUCCACUCCUUUUUAUGCAUGAAGUAUUCAGCAUAAGUGAAAAAAAAGAAAAUUGAAGCAAAGCUCUCAAAAUAUAAUUUGUACAUGUAGAUCAUGUUAUCUGAAUUUCAAAGAGAAAAUCACGUCUCAAAACUUGAUUCAAUGAAGACACAGAUUUGCUGUCAGACUUACUUUUUAUAUCGUUCUGUUUUGUUGACGAUCAGCCAUGUAUAAUGUCAGACUUACAUUUUUAGCUUGUGGCGUGGCGUCUGUCGUCCGUCCACAAUUUCUUUGUCAUUUCAAGUCCGAUUUCAAUUCUGUUUGCUUUAUAUGAUAGCACUAGGUGGGGGAUUCAAAACUUCUACACAGAAUUUUGAAUCUCAUAUAUAUAUACUAAUUUAUGCACAUUUUUCAAAAUUCACAAAAAAUGCUUCUUCUUUAUUUGUUGACAGAUUAUAAUUUUUUUGCUUCCACCUGGUAGAGGUUCACCAAAAGUCUACACAGAAUUUUGAAAUUUUGUCUAGAACAAUUUUUAUGCUAAUUUUAUGCAAAAUUAAUUUACGCAUAUUUUGAAAAAUUGGCAUAAAAUGCUUCUUUAUUUGUUGACUGGUUUUGAUUUUUUUUUCCAUCUGGUAGAGCUUCAUGAGGUUCACCAAACUUGUACACAGAAUUUUGAAUUUUGAGUAGAAAAUUAUUCAUGAUAAUUUAUGCGAAAUUCAUAAAUCACAGAAAAUGCCUCUUCUUUAUUUGUUGACCGAAUUUCAAAAUGCUUCUUGUUCAUCAUUUCAAGUCUGAUUUCAAUUCUGUUUGCUUUAUAUGAUAGCAUUAGGCGGGGGAUUCAAAACUUGUACACAGAAUUUUGAAACUCAUUAAAUAUGCUAAUUCAUGCGUAUUUUUCAAAAUUUAUAAAAAAUGCUUCUUAUUCUUGAUUUGUUGACCGAUUUGAUAUUUUUUUCUUCCAUCUGGUAGAGCUUCAUGAGGUUCACUAAACUUGUAAACAGAAUUUUGUCUAGAACAAUUUUUAUGCUAAUUUAUGCAUAUUUUUAAAAAUUCACGUAAAAUGCUUCUUUAUGUGUUGACUGAUUUUGAUUUUUUUUUAUCCAUCUGGUAGAGCUACAUGAGAGUCACCAUAUUUCCACUCACAAUUGUAAAAUUUUGACUAGAAAAUUAUUUAUGCUAAUUUAUGCAAAAUUUAUUCAUAAAUCACAAAAAUGCUUUUUCUCCUUCAUUUGUUGAUAAAUUUCAAUUUUGUUUCCUUUAAAUGGAAGCUCUUGGUGGGGAUACAAAAUUUCAACACAGAAUUUUGAAACUCAUUAAAUAUGCUUAUUUAUGCAUAUAUUUAAAAACUCACAAAAAUAUGUAUUUGUUUACUGAUUUUGAUUUUUUUUUCCAUCUGAGAGCUACAUGAGGUUCACCAAUGUUCUACACAGAAUUUAGAAAUUUUGACCAGAAAAUUAUUUAUGCUAUUAAAUUUAUACGAAAUUUAUUCAUAAAUCACAAAGAAUGCUUACAGUUCUUCAUCAAUUCUGUUUUGUUGAUGUUGAGUCAUGUAUAAUGUCAGACUUACAUUUUAUAUCACUCUGUUUUGUUGACAAUCAGCCAUGUAUAAUGUAUUUUGUUAACCGUGCUGUUGCUGCAGUAGGCAAUCUGUGAAAACACAUUUAUUUCAUGAUAAUGUUUUUUGGGGGGGAGUUUUUCUUAAAAUGUUUUUUUACUCAUGCAUGAAGUAGGUAUUGUAUGAGUAACAUCAGAUAAAAGAGGAGACUAUAAGCUUUGAAAUUAUAUCUUUUAUUAAUCAUAUUUGUGAUUGAGUUAUGAUUAAACAUUGAGAAUCCUAGUUUCAUUAUUCUUUAUCUGGUACACGAUGUAUAUACUUGUGUAGAUUUUUUUAAUUACUAUAUUAUUCACUUCAAACAGUAAUACUACAAUUCAUUUUUUUGGUACGACAUUUUUACAUGCUAAUCAUGUUUUUAAUAUACUUUUGUGAAUAAUGGACAUAAAAAUAAGAAGCGUAAUGAAUUAAUGUAGUUCAUUUCCAAUUUUUAUUUGUAGAUAGUAGUCGUAGUAGUAGUGGUGGUGGUGGUGGUGGUAGUGAUAGUAGUAGUAGUAGUAGAAGUGGUGAUAGUGAUGGUAAUGUUAUUAUUACUGUCAUGAUUAUAAUAAUUAUCAAUUAUUACUUCUCAUUUAAUACUGUGCUUUUCCAAUAAGGCCCAAGAUACAAUGAAUUUAAUUAUGUUUCUAACCUUUGCCUUAAUGCUCAAGCACCUUAAAAGUAGCCAGGCUUGGUCAAGCUAUGAACAACCAGUUCACUGUAUUUUUAAGAAAAAGAUCAUUUCAAGUAAACUUAGGUUUCCUCAUCAAUGUAAUCUAUGUGCAUAUGGAAACAAUUAACAAUGGUGGAAAUUUAUGCAAAUGUUGUGUAUAAAUCAUGCAUAUCUAUAGGAUGUUUUAUUGUUUUAUUCAGGAAGAUCAUCUAUUGGUUUAUUGAAAUAAAUUAGCCAUGGACCAGAUGAUUGGGAAUGUAGUGUGAUGUGCAUGGAUCCCUUCUCAAUAAAGAAAGAUAAAGAUUUGAAAUAAGUCAGACCAAUAAUGUGAGAUUAGGAAUUGUUAAGUAAAAUUUCUGAAACGUAAUUGAUAAUAUGAAGCGUAAUUGAUAAUAUAUAGACUGUGGUUUUCAACCACAGAUGCCAAUUUACAUUUCUGAUUAAACUACGUACAUUUGAACAAAAUGUUUGUAGUAUAUUGAUUCCCUGCUCAUACAUGGUAAGAUAUCAGUGAUAUAAUGUUCUUAGUAUACACCACUAGCUCAUAGCAUUAAAGUGAUAAGAUUGAGUUGUUUAUUUUGAAUUCAUUCCAUGAAUUUUUUUACAUGUGUUGUAAAUAGUAUUGAUAAGUUAAUAUGGUGCUCAGGAAUCUUUGAAUAUGAUGAACAUAUAUUAAUGUGCCAUAUCUAGUUCAUGUAAUUUUAAUGCAAACUUGUGUGAUUUGUAUUAUUCUGAUAGAGUACAGCCAUACACUGUAAAUAUGUGGAUAUUAUUGAAUAGAACCCUUCCUCUAUGUAUUAUGUUACAUAUGAUAUGAGAGGGUUCAAUUAACACCCUUUUGGAAAUAUGUGGUAUUUAGAUACCCAUUGAUUCACUCUUAUAUAUUUCCCAAAGGGAAAAAUGGCUUAGAGAAAUAUAAAUAUUUGAAAUAAGUCAAACCAAUAAUGUGAGAGUUGGGAAUUAUUGAUAAGUAAAAGUAAACUUUCUGAAUUCAUGCACUUCUUAAAGUCAGCAUUUUCAUUAGUGAUGAAUUAUUUCCCCAUCAUCUUGCUCUGUCCUUUAAUUGGCACCUUACAGCCAUCAUUUUAUCAGGAAAUGUAAACCGAUUUGGAUCAAACAUGACACAUCUAUUAAAAUCAUUUCCACCUCCAAAAAUAUUA